AUGGCCGCGACCUUCCGCAGCGUCGUGCUCGGUCAGCCCGAGAUCGCAGCCAUCGUCUUUGGCUACCAGGUUGGCGUCUACGACGACGUGCGCAUGGCCUUUGCCGCCUGCAACGAGCUGCUCGAGUUUGAUGCCCGCGACCAAAUCUACAAUUGCGAUGCGUCGUUCCGCUCAACUUUUGCACCCGGCGCCGCGUGGGCAGGCGAGGCGAAUGACAAAAUCUGCGCCUUAGCGUAUGGUCUUGAUGACUCUCAGUGGGACGCUCGUCUGCCGCUGCACGUGGCGAUCGCUGAAGGCCUCUUGCACCUUACCAAGCGCAUUGUCCGGUGCCGGCCCGACCUCGCCUCCGAAGACGCGAUUCUCGUAGCUUUCUCAGAACAUCGCCUCGAGAUUGUCGAGCUUCUCUUGGACCUACGAGCGACCGUCCCCAAGCUGCGUCGACGCAUCCAUGUCGCUGAUGAUGGCUCUGUCCAGCGCGCCUCGUACUUUACACUAACAGCGAUGCCCAAAAUGCUCUCCCGAGACGACGCAAAGGGCGUGGUCUUGCUGGAGCGUUUUGGUCUGCGCCCGGACGACUUGACCUCCUACGACAUGCGGCACGCGAUCUAUCAGUCGACGCUCGCGAACGCGACGCUCGCUCUCGACACCUUUCCGUGGCUACACUACCCGAGCCUCUUGGACGAUGUCGCGAUCCAAGGCUUUUUGCCGUUGGUGCAAACGCUUCACGAACGAGGUUUCGCGUGCUCGGUAGACGCCAUGGACUUCGCCGCCGCCGAAGGUCAUCUGGACGUCGUCCAGUUCCUGCACAAGAACCGCACGGAAGGCUGCUCAGUCUACGCGCUCGAGUACGCCAUUAUCAACGGUCAUUUCAACGUCGUUCGGUUCCUCAUCGAGCACCGCACCGAAGGUGCAUCGCACGGUAUCUUUGACGGGGCGGCAGGCAGUGCAGGCCUCGACGUCGUGCAGUACCUGCACAGCCUUGGCACGUUUGACUGCACGGUCAACGCCGUCGAUGAGGCAGUGGCAUGGGGCAAUCUUCCGGUCGUCCAGUUUCUGUUGACCAACCGAGACGAAGGCUGCACCCGGGACAUCGUCGUUCAGAAGGCGCUUGCGGGUGGUCAUCUGCGCAUGGCAGAGUACCUCCUCUCGCUUGGCUACCCGUUCCCGACCGCGACGCCAGAUGUUCCCGUUGAGUACUUUCGCAAGCCCGAAAUGCUUGGCGUCGUGCAGCUUUUGGUCGACCAUGGCGCGUCCUGGGGCGACGACUGGAUGGUCUUUGCGUGCUCGGGAAACAACCUGCCACUCGUCCAGUUCCUCCACGAGCGCACGUCCACUUGCUCUCACGAGAAUGACGUGCUCAAGCAUGCGAUCGAAGCGAAUGCGUGGACCGUGGUGGACUAUCUCUUGGGUAGCUGCAUGCAAGACAUCUCGAUCGAUGCGCUCAAGGCGGCGCUAUGCUUCGGCAAACUCGAUCUCGCCUCGGUUAUCUUACAGCGGCAGCCAGAGCUCCGUCGCCACGACGAGCUGCUUCAAACGGCCGUGAACACUCGCAAGACAGAGGUGGUGCGUUUCCUCCUCACCGCCGGCAUUGGCAAGCCUCGCGACUGCCUCCUCAAGAUUGCCGGUCGUCGAUCGCAUGUGUCCGAGAGCAAGCUCUUGCUGCCGUUCUGCAUGGGCUCCACCAACCAUCUCGACAACGUCGUCUUCCUCUUGAUCCUCGUCGCGCUGCCUGACCGCCGUCGCUCGACGACGCUCCGGCUCAUCACGACCGAGCUCACGUACCAAUUCAAGAAGGUCAACCAAAGGAUCGAGCUGGCACCAAGCGUGGCUGCGCGGGCGACCACGUUACUGAAGGCUGGCGAGGUGGUCGACUGGGCUCUGGCCCUCACCAUUGGUCAUCGUAAGACAACGGACGCGAUCUCAUUGGUCUGUGACGCCGAGCUCAAGGCGCAGCUCACGCACCUGCUCGCAAAGAAGCGCAAGCGCUCGACGCAGUAA